UUUUAGGGCGGAAUUUCGGAAUGACUCGUUAAUUAGUUAAAUGAAGUGGGCGUGGCUCGGAGUUAAUUGGUUGUAAAUGUUAAAAAAACAUUGUGCACGCGAAGUUCGGUCCAAUCCGUUGUAAACCCCGUACAGAAAAUGAUGUGCUGUUGUGCAGAAUGGCUCGCGCUCUCCGCCGCGUUACUGAUGUUAACCGGAGGCGCGCGCGGGAUCCGCGUUUGUAAGGAAGAAGGUCCACGUGUCGUAGCGGAUGUGAGACCGAUCAAAGCCCCGGGGUUCCGGCCUGAAGAUUGUGUUCAGCCCGUAGCCGUGAGCGUGCACUGCACCGAGAACAGCAUGAUGAUCAGAGCGCGCGCUGAUCUCUACGGUACCGGGCGACCCGUGACCGCGAGUGAACUGCGACUCGGAACCGAUUCCUCAGCAGAAAACUGCGGGGCGGUUCAGCGCGAGGACACCGAGCUCGUGAUUACAGCCGGACUGCACGAGUGUGGCGCGGAGCUGCGUGUUGAGGAUGACAGUUUGGUUUACGCCAACACGUUGUUCCACGUUCCAACCCUGAACCGCUUUGGCAUCAUCAGGUCAGUGGGCGUGGCCAUCCCUGUCCAGUGCCGGUACAAGAGAUGAUUGGAUGUCUUUGAGCUUGAUGGAUGUGUUCCAGUCUGAUGAUGGCGUCAGUGUGAUGGCGUCUGUGCUCAGCGCUCGUCACAGCCCCGUUAAACUCUUCCUGCAGCGCUGUGUGGUGAUGCUAAGGCCCAACGCUGCAGCCACGCCCAGCUGUGACCCAAUCAAUCAUCACGGGUGGUGUUCUGACCCAGGACCAGCAGAGUCCCUGUCUCCUUCCUGCCCGAUCCAGACACUCACAUUCUGAGGCUGAAACUCAACCUGCACCGUUCACUCAGGAAAAACCCAAACCCCAUAUCUAUGUUCAUCACAUGCUGGAUGAAAACGGCUAAUUCAGUUCAGGAGAAAAACUCGGUGAAGAAAGCAUGUAGCUAUGUGGGGAACAGCUGGCACAGUGUUGAUGGGAAGCAUGAGGUGUGUGAGUGCUGUGAUUGGAAGUAUGAUGUCUUCAGCCAGAGAUGGAUGGAUGAAGCCCAAAAGAAUUGAAUCAUCAGGUUUUCACACCGAGCUUUAUCAUACUGCUGAGAGAACCUUCUACCCUAACCCAUAUAUAUAUAUAUAUAUCUCAUACACACACACACACACACAAAGUAAUGCUGGAGUUAAUGGUGAGUGCUGAUCCUGAAAUCUGUACUGAAGUUGAUGUCUCAGAGCAGAACACACACCUGGUUGUUUCCUGUAGAAGAGAGAAACAGAUUAAUUUGCUGCUUGUUGUGGGUAAAUUCUGUUCAUCUUUAACUAUCAUUAUUAUUAUAAAUCAUUUUCCAGUGUGGUAUUUUUGUGUAUUUAAUGUAAUUGUAAAUAUUCCAGCUGUAAACUGAACCUUGUUCUCAUCAGUGCUGCAUUCAUUGAAUAAAAAUAAGUAAAUGAGUGAUUUGUUUUGCUCCAGGUGUAAAAACUCCACUUCCCAUAAAGGAACAGCUGCACGUGGCGGCCAAAAUAUGCGUCACAUCCGGUGAAUGGCGGCGCGAGCUCAACCCCGUAACGGAAGCGUUAGCUCCUGUAGCUAAUAUUGUUUUUAAAAAGUAAAAAUUCACAUUAAACUCGGAUAUAAAGAAUUAUUUUUACCUCAAAGCAACAAAAUUCGAGUUUCAGGAGGUUUAGAGGUCAAAUUAUUCUCUACAAAGAUCUUGAAGUGUGUGUGUGUGUGUGUGUGUGUGUGUGUGAGAGAGUGAGUGAGUGUGUGAGAGAUGGCUCGGCCUCUGUUUGGUGGUGCCCUGUGUGCUGUCUUCCCCUCAAACACCACAGACAUCAGUGAGUUGAGGGAGAUUCCUGAUAAUCAGGAGGUUUUUGCUCACACACACACAGAUCAGAGCAUCAUUAUUGAGCUGCUUGAGUAUCAGGGUCAUGUGGAGGAUUCACAGGCUGCCAGGUAUCACUUUGAGGAUGUAGCUGGCAGUAAUAAGGCCAUGGAGGUGGAGCAGAUGGAGGUGAUGGAGGUGCAGUGUGUCCCUCACUCUCAGCUCUCUCUCAGCCAGUGCAGCUCAGCCUGGAUCCUCACCGGAGCUCAGCUCAUCUCCAAAUUCAAUGAGGAGGCAAAAAACACAGUGAAUAUCCACCUGUGCUUAUUCCGUCUGCCUCAGUACACAACUGACAUCCUGAUCACCUUCAACAACCCAGUCAGCAUCAGUCCUCUCAGUAGUAGCAGUUGUGCAGUUGCUGAUGGUGUUUGGACGGUGCAGGACUUUCUUACACUUGUUCAGUCAUUCCAGCUGCUUGACCCUGGAGUGUUUGGAUAACACACACACUUCUGAUGUGUGAAUAAAAGCUUUGUACUUUUUUUUUAA